AUGAAAGAACACGAUCCAGCACACCUCAUGCCUAAGUUGAAAUCAGGAAAGAACGAGAGGGAAGACAGUCCAGAUUCACAAUCACAAGCUUGGAGUCCCGUUCCCAACAAGCUCCAGAAACCCAACUCCACCAUGGACCAAUCCUCUUCUGAAGCCACCAUAAGAAAAGUCCGUGUUUCAGUCCGUGCUCCCUCAGAAGUUCCCAUGGUAUCUCCCUCUUCUUAUUCGUUUUGCAUGCAUGAAUACGUUGCUUCAUGUCUCAGGGACAAUAUCAUCAUGGUGCCUUGUCCUGAUCCAAAAUGCAAGGUUAAGUAUGGACCUGAAUACUUUUGCUCUCUUCUUCCAUUUGAAGUGUUCAAGAGAUGGCAGAAAGUGAUUAAAGAUUGUAACACUCCAAUUUUGGAUAAACAAUUAGACAAGAAUCCUAUUCAUGUUGCUGAUGAUGAAGAGAAUAACGAUGUCAAAGAAGAUGCUACAAUAGUAAUUGAAUCGGAUGAUGAUGAUUCAUGCAAUCCUAAACUCUACCUUCUCCUCCCUCAACGACACUCUUCACUGAAGCUCUCGAGCUCUCUCAUCUCUCUCGGUGUGGCUCAUUCCUCUCGCACCCAGCUCUCUCCUUCUCUCGUCUCCGGUCUCCCUCACUGUCUCCGGACUGGCACUCAAGCUCGUCGUUGCUCUCUCGGCUCCGGUCUCUCUCACGGUCUCUGGUCUCCCACUCAGUCUCGCUCGCUCGCCUUCCCUGCCAUCGUCAUCACCGACGGCAGAAGCAGCAGAUCCCGGGACUGGUCGUCAUCGUCUCUCCCUGUCUCGCACCGUCUCGCAGUCAGUCCCGCGCCUUCGUUGCGCUCGUCGUUGCCGGCGGAAGAAGCAGCAGGUCCCGGGGCUUCCCCUCGCUGUCAGCAACUCUCGCCGUCAGCUUCCUUCGCGCAACCAGAAGCUAGUCCCGAUUUGGAGCUUGCUGCAGUGCAACUCUCUUUCAGAUUUAUGACAUUGGAAAUGGAUUUGGCCAUUUUGGUGAUAUUUCAAGCAUAGUGGACAUUGUAAGAGAUAAUAAUAAUUGCAUUCAUUGAAGAUCCUGAUGGUUAUAAAUUUGAACUUCUGGAAAGGGUUCUCUCUCACGAACCUUUAAUGCUUCGAGUGGGUGAUCUUAAUCGAUCCAUCGAAUCUUAUGCAAUUUCAUGUUGGUUUAUAGUCUUGUAUCUUAUUUUCUUUUUGGAUCAAUUACUUAUUUAUGUUUAUUGUGCUUUUGAAUUCUAAGCUGUUGUAAGGUUCAAUGUUGCUCUUGAAUCAACCUGUUCUGUGUUUGCUUCACUCUGAUAUUUUAAUGGCUUCUCUUCUUCCCUUUU